GCUUCGGCGUAUAAUUAUUUAUUUAAUAUUUAAUACAUAAAUCGUAAUCGUGAUCAACUAUAAUGGAACAGCAUCUAAAAUCCAUCAAAGUCGGAUUUAUCGGAGGCGGAAAUAUGGCUAGUGCUAUAGGCGCUGGCUUAAUUCGCAGAGGUAUAUUAAAUCCAGAUAAUGUCUGGGUUUCUAGUCGUACGGACAGAACACAUGGAUUUUGGAAGGAUCUAGGGGCUCAUGCAACAUUGAAAAACAAUGAAGUUGUGAAAAACUGUGACAUAGUGUUCCUAACAGUAAAACCACAUAUGCUGGAUGAUGCGCUUGAGACUAUUGUAGAGAGAAAAGCGGGUGAAAAAUUUGAGACCAAGCUCUUUAUUUCAGUACUUGCUGGAGUAUCUCUUGAUGUCUUGUAUAUUAAACUCUCUGCAUUUGUGAUUUCACCAAGAAUAAUUAGAUCCAUACCAAAUACACCUAUGAUGAUUGGAGAAGGAAUUACAGUUUAUUGCAGUAACAACGCUGAAAUAAAAGAUUUGGAACUGGUGGAAAUGUUAUUUUCUCAUAUCGGCAUGAGCCAAAUUGUUCCAGAAAGUCUUAUGAACAGCAUUGGUGGUUUGUCAGGUAGUGGCCCAGCAUUUGCAUAUCUCAUCAUAGAAGCAUUAGCAGAUGGAGCUGUGAAAAUGGGGGUGCCAAGACCAAUGGCAACUAAAUUUGCAGCGCAAGUGCUAGUAGGAGCUGGAAAAAUGGUUCUCGAAACUGGGCGACAUCCUGGCCAGUUGAAGGAUGAAGUCUGUUCUUCUGGAGGUACCACUAUUACUGGCAUUCACGCAAUGGAAAAAGGAGGAGUUAGGGGAUCUAUGAUGAAUGCUGUCGAGGCUGCUGUGAAUAAAACAAAUGAACUAACUUCUCGAUUAAAAUAAUUCCCUUUAAGUUAAUAUUUUGACAUGCAUGUAUAAGGCUAGUAGAGCGAUUUAUGGCCUUGAUAUAUUUGAGAUUACUAGUCAAUGGAUGUCGCAGUUGGACUGGCGUUCGUGAGCAUCCCUGUUGUACAUGAUUGGCUGAUGAAAAGUGAAAAUUUUAACCAUUUAAGAAGAAAGUAUAGUACUUAUAAUAGCCAAUCAGACCAUACCCUUCAAUGUCGCAUCUCUGUUAUCUAGUCCUCUAGU